AUGUUCGCCCUUUCAGAAGAAUCCAAGGAGCGCAUCGGCAAGAUUAUCGAGGUCGGUCGAGUUGCGAUGCACUAUGGUUAUCUUCCAUUGAUCCUCUACCUCGGCUACUCCCGCAGCGACCCGAGACCGUCCAUCAUUCGGCUCCUCUCGCCCCUCUCUUAA